CAUACGGAAUUUUUUCUUAAAAUGUGUUUUGUACAAAAUCUCUAACUUUAGAACCUCUUUAGUGGCCCAAAAUGACUUAAAGUAGUACUUAGGACCCCUCCUCACAUCAUGAGAUACCAAUUUAACGUGACUAAACCAAAAUGCAUCCUUGUUGCUGCUAUUUUACUUAUCAUAGCAAUAAGUGUUUUUUACAACUACAUCCUUUCCGCGAAACUGGAGGAAACAAGGAAGAGUUCAGGCACAAAAGCUGGAGAUGGCAGCGAGAGAGCGAGUCUGGGUGCAGCGGAGGAGAAGCGGCAAGAGGAUACUUAUGAUUUCAACGAAAACCUUAUUGUGAUUUACAACCGCGUCCCAAAGACUGGAUCAACAUCCUUCGUCAAUCUGGCGUACGAUCUGUGCAAGAAGAACCACUUUCACGUGCUCCACAUCAACAUUACUGGGAAUAUGCACGUGUUGUCGCUGCCAAAUCAAAUUGACUUUGUCCGGAACAUUACAGCGUGGAAGCAAAUGAAGCCAGCGCUGUAUCACGGUCACAUGGCGUUCCUGGAUUUUUCCAAAUUCGGAAUGCCCGCAAAGCCGCUGUACAUCAACUUGAUCCGGAAGCCUCUGGACAGGCUGGUCUCCUACUACUACUUCCUCCGCUACGGCGACAACUACAGACCGAAUCUGGUGCGUCGAAAAGCGGGCGACAAGAUGACAUUCGACGAGUGCGUGGAGCUGAAGCAGGCGGACUGUGAUCCCAAGCUCAUGUGGCUGCAGAUUCCCUUCUUCUGCGGCCACGCCGCCGAGUGCUGGGAGCCCGGCAAUCCAUGGGCCCUCUCCCAGGCCAAGCGCAAUCUGGUGCACGAGUACGCCCUUGUGGGACUGACUGAGCAAAUGGAGGACUUCAUCUCUCUCCUCGAGGCUUCGCUGCCGCGACUCUUUCGCGGCUCACUUGAUCACUUCAUGAACUCCAACAGAAGCCAUUUGAGGCAGACAACGUCCAAAAUUGCACCCAAUCACGAAACAGUGGACAAAAUUCAGGACAGCGAAGUGUGGAAGAUGGAGAAUGAAUUGUACGAAUUUGCGGCGCAGCAGUUUCACUUCCUGCAGAAGAAAAUGACAGUGCCCGGAAAGAAUAUUCUGCAGAGCUACAUGUAUGAGAAGAUAAGACCCAAGUAA